AUGGCCAUUUGGCGGCAAUUCGGUCUACAACUGCGCCGCGCGGCGCCCAAGGCGAACUACGGUACUCUCGGUCUCACCCGGCCUCCGCGACAGUUCAGCCACUCUACAGGUCAACCCUUCACUGGGUUAGGAAAGAACGGCGGGCUGGGACCGCAGACGUGGAAGUUUCGGAGAUCCUUUUCUGUGACGGCGCAUACCGCUCAUGGUCACAUCACGCCGCCAAAGGCCGGCGAGGAGAUCAAUAUUACGUUUAUCGACAAAGACGGUACCAAGGUGGAAUUGCAGGUGGCUGAGGGUGACAACUUGUUGGACAUUGCCCAGGCCAAUGAUCUCGAGAUGGAGGGUGCAUGCGGCGGCUCAUGUGCCUGCUCAACCUGCCAUGUGAUUGUGGAGGAUCCAGACAUGUUUGACAAGAUGGAGGAGCCUUCAGAUGACGAGAACGACAUGUUGGAUUUGGCAUUUGGAUUGACUGAGACAUCGCGACUCGGAUGUCAAGUGAUUAUGAGCAAAGAUUUGGACGGCCUUGUUGUGCGUCUGCCUUCGAUGACUCGAAACCUCCAGGCGAGCGACUUCCAGUCCAAGUGA